CCGAUCCAAGCGCGUCUUGACGAGAGCUAAUCAGCUUCGAUAAUCGAUCGGGUCGCGCGCGAUUUUUUUACCCCGAUUCAAGUAGCAGCGGCUCCUCGUUAUUUUGUUGACUUUUUACCGUGUGCCAGUAGUGCGAGAGUUGUUUGUGCUUUCCGAUUAUUGUCGCAAGCAUUGUGUUGAGCAAAGAGCGAGUGCAGCGAGUUGUUAAGAAUUUGUGUACUAUACAUCGAUUCGUGUGUUUGUGUGUGUGCGAAAAAUAGACGCUGUGAUCGACGAGAUUAUUUUGCCCUUUAACGUGUGUACAUUUGUGCUGAAAUCAUAGACUAUGGGUGGAUACGAGACUCAGGCCGAUUAUUAUCCACAGUAUGAGCUGCCCUACAACAACUACUCUUCGCAUCCAUACGGUGUCGCGGACAUGGAUGUUGGAUGCGGAUCGUCGUACUGGGGAGCAGUGGACUCGGGCAUAUCGGGCAGCAGCUCGGCGGGCAGUCCAUCCGGCUCUACGCCGCCCCUCAUCGAGGAAAUCGGCAUUCAAGACGUAUCGCCGAUCCAGCAAAAGUACCUGCACACGGCUCAAUACCAGUGCAACGUCAGUACAGCUCAGCGAAAUUUGCAAGAGCAGUACACGAAUUUCAGUUACCAACAGCCGCCACACCAUCAUCAAGAGCAAAACAUGCAUCAGCAGCCACAGCAUCAAAUUCAACACCAACACAUGCCCUACCCUCCAAACACAAUGUUACAACAACAGAAUCCCAUUCAACAAUCGACGUCGUAUCACUACGACAUCAACUGUCAAAUACAAUCACAUCGAAGUCAGCAGCAGCAGCAGCAGCAACAAGCAGCACAAGCAGCAACGCAACAACAUCAGGAAGCACAGACCCAGAGCGUCGCGGCGAUGCUGCAAGAGGAGCACCUGAACAGCGGCGGAGGCUUGGGCUGCCCGCCGACACCCAACACGGCCACCAUGACGACGAGCAGCGGUAGCGUGAUAAUCCGGCCGAAGCGGCGCAACACCGCCAACAAGAAGGAGCGUCGGCGCACGCAGAGCAUCAACAACGCCUUCGCCGAUCUGCGCGACUGCAUACCCAACGUGCCGACGGACACGAAGCUCUCCAAGAUCAAGACGCUGAGACUGGCCGCGAGCUACAUCGCCCAUCUGAUGAACGUGCUGAGCAGCGAGGAGGGCGAGGAGCCCCAGAGCUUCAGGGCCGAUCUGCUCAGCAGCAGCAGCAGGAGGAGCAAAAAUUCCUCGGCGCACUGCGGCGGCGGCAUGGUGAGCGCCAACACCCCUCAUUCCAUCCUAAAGAAAUUUUGCACGCUUAACGAACGAAUAGCCAAGAAAAAUGCCUUUUAUGCGCAGAACGACUCGAGGAUGAUGAUGAGCGCGCUGUGCAGCCAAGAUCAGACGGCGGCCAAGACCAAGGGCCGGACGGGCUGGCCGCAGCAGAUGUGGGCGUUGGAGCUCGACGCGACUGCUCUCCAAAUGCAGUGAGAAUCUCGUUGACGAACUUGUUCAUACGCGCGAAAUCUGCCGUUUUUCUUUUUCGAUCGUACUUAUGAGACGUUUUCAUGUCCAUUAUAAGUAAGUGGGAAAGGUGAUGCAAAAUAAUACUCAUGUGUACUCAUGGUAUAUAAAUUUGUAAAAUUCAUAUAUCAUGAGAAUGUUCAUAAUUAUUGUAAGCUGUUGUAAAUACGAUGUUAUAAUAAUGCAACGACGCAUCGUGAAUAUUAUAUGAAAAAUAAUAGUCACGAAUUCGGGCUGCGUGUCGCAUUUUUUAUUAUUAUUAUUAUUUUCAUUGAAAGUGUCGCGGUCACUUGAAAAUUACCGAAUACUUUUAAUGAAUAGCAAUUUUUAUCAUUGUUUAGCGAGUAAAUAUGUGUGAUUACUAUCGAUGUAAGUUAUCUCAUUGAAACAAAAUACCAAAGCAGUAUGAAUAGUUCGAUAAAAAGAAGGCGAUUGUAAAUUGAUUUUAAAUAUAAUUAUGGCGUUAUAUUCUUUUUCGGCAUACAUCUAAUGAAUAUUGUAAAAAUUUUAUAAAUACAUUGUACAUACUAUAAUAUAGUAAAAUUAUUAUUUAGAAUAAAAUUAUUUACGAUA